GCCAGAGACCCAGAGGAAGCAUGGACCGAGGGAGCAGAAUGCCUCUCUGGGGUCUCCUGCUGGUGCUCUGGGGCUCCUGCACCUUCAGUCUCCACAUGGACGCUGGCGCCUUCCCACGGAUCUUCCUCAAGAAAAUGCCAUCAGUCCGAGAAAGCCUGAAGGAGCGCGGUGUGGAUGUGACCAGGCUCAGGGCUGAGGGGAGCCGGUUCUCGAAGAGCCUCUCCUUCAGCAACAGCACGUCCCCCGUGGUCCUCACCAACUACCUGGACACCCAGUACUACGGUGAGAUUGGCAUCGGUACCCCACCCCAGACCUUCAAAGUCAUCUUUGACACAGGAUCGGCCAACCUCUGGGUGCCCUCCACCAAGUGCAGCCCUCUCUACACAGCCUGUGAGAUUCACAGCCUCUAUGACUCCUCGGAAUCCUCCAGCUACAUGGAGAAUGGGACUGAAUUCACCAUCCACUAUGGAUCUGGAAAAGUCAAGGGCUUCCUGAGCCAGGACAUGGUGACUGUGGGUGGAAUCACGGUAACUCAGACGUUCGGCGAGGUGACGGAGCUGCCCCUGAUGCCCUUCAUGCUGGCCAAGUUUGAUGGUGUCCUGGGCAUGGGCUUUCCUGCACAAGCUGUUGGGGGGGUCACCCCCGUCUUUGACCAUAUCCUCUCGCAGAGGGUGCUAAAGGAGGAUGUCUUCUCUGUCUACUACAGCAGGAAUUCCCACUUGCUGGGGGGAGAGAUUGUGCUAGGAGGCAGUGACCCCCAGUAUUACCAAGGGAAUUUCCACUACGUGAGCAUCAGCGAGACUGGCUCCUGGCAGAUCAAAAUGAAAGGGGUGUCUGUGAGGUCAGCCACCUUGCUCUGUGAGGAGGGCUGCAUGGCAGUGGUGGACACCGGUGCCUCCUACAUCUCAGGUCCCACCAGCUCCCUGAGGCUGCUCAUGGAGACCCUGGGGGCCAAGGAGCUGAGCACAGACGAAUACGUCGUGAACUGUAACCAGGUGGCCACACUCCCUGACAUCGCCUUCCACCUCGGAGGCAGAGCCUACACACUCACCAGUGCAGACUACGUGUUACAGGACCCCUACAGUGAUGAUGACCUGUGCACACUGGCCCUCCACGGUCUGGACGUCCCACCGCCCACUGGGCCUGUCUGGGUCCUGGGUGCCAGCUUCAUCCGAAAGUUCUACACAGAGUUUGAUCGGCGUAACAAUCGCAUUGGCUUUGCUUUGGCCCACUGAGGCCCUCUGCUGCCCCAGCUAGGGCCGCAGCCCUAGCCUAGAGCUGAGACCCCUCUGGGACUGCCCCUGCCAGUGCUUGUGUCCUUGUGUUAGAGUACAGGGCGUGGAGCUCCUCCUGGAUCACUGACCUGCCCCAGCACCAGCUCUUCCCUGCUUUGAAGACAAACAGAAUAAAG